CUAACAUGAUGUGGGACACCAUGUGCCUGAAGUUUUAUGGACACUUUGUCUUUUUCUAAAUUUUGGUUGGUUACCCUGCAGUAGUGCUUAGGAUCCAUUUAAUUUAGAAGCGGAUGCAGGCCCAGUACAGUCGCCCUCAGGGAGAUCAGAAGUUACCAGAGGUCCAAAUAGCUCCUCAUCUGUAAGCUCCCCUUCCAGUGUCUGAUAAGGGAGAUCGCCCAUGAUGUCAAGACCAAUCUCGGGUUCCAGAGUGCUGUUAUUGGAGCUCUUCAGAUCCUAUGUCGAGAUUUUCUGUUAUUUCUCUCACCGAUCUCUCACUGAUCUCUCUGCCGUGCAGUGUAACAGUAAAGCAGAUGACAGGAUUUAUCAGUAUGGAAUCCAUAUUCUGGUGAAUAUGAACGGAUACACCAAGGGAGCCAGGAAUGAGAUAUUUGCAGUGCGCCCAGCUCGCUUUCAGGUAUCGGAGACAAUGUACGGAAAGACGAACUGCUUGGUUAGACUGGAAAUAGUAUAUGCAGCAUGCAGGAUUCUGAGGAACAACCUUAAAACAAGGAGAGGUUCUGAUUCUCUGGAGAACAGAGAAGGUGGAGGAAUCGGAGAAACCUGAACCAAUACGGGACGGAGGACGGGGGACUCGGUAGCAAGAGAGCGAGUAGUGAAAGGGUAAUAUUAUUUAAGUAUCAUGGGUAUAGAAGUCCAGUAGAAUUAUCCUUGGCAUAAAUGGGACCUGGAGAAAUAAAUCAUCGGGAUAGAGAACAGAGUAUUAAAAGAUGGAGAAGAAAGAAGAGAUGGAGCAGAUGUCUGAUAAUGAUGGAAGAUAUAAUUUGUUUCCGAUUGAGCAAUUAUAUUUUAAAUUGUUUGUCUUAGUUAAUACAUUAUUAUGCCCUUCUAA